AUGGUGAAAUUAUUAUUGUAUGGUCUUUCAGAGUCGGGUUUGUCGACUCUCUUUCAUCUCUUUCAACUCAUUCCUCAUACGACACCGUUGGUAGAGGAGUCUAGUGAUGGAAUUUCCAUUCAAACUCCAAGAUCACCAAAUAGUAGUCAUCCACAUACACCAUCAAGUCUCCGAUCCUCUCCAAUUAACAUUCCCAAUCACUUACAUCAUGUUCAAUGGCAACAACAACACGAUGGUAGCAAUAGUCCAAAACCUUUCAGUUUCUCAUCAACGGCCAAUUCCCUUUCGUCAUCAUCGGCAUCAACGGUUUCAUCCUUUGCCACAUCAUCACCUUCCGUUCAUCAUCAUCAGCUCCCACACCAAACAAACAAUAGCAAUGAGGAUGACAACCAUACUGGAUCAUCUCUACUCCCUUCUUCUCCUCAUACCAAUUUUAAUUUCUCAAUGAAUUCAUCAUCAGCUCCAAAUGAUCAUUUGAACAACGACUCUCCGUUGAUGCAACGUGUCAGUCAUUCGAGACCAUUACCUCGUUUGCCAUUAUUUGCCCGUAAUCAUCCAAGGCCAUUACCUCCUGCUCGGAGAAGAUCCAUUAGACCAGUUCUUUCCAAUACACUUUUCAACAACCUCAACAACAACGACUCUUCGAGUAGUCCACCCAUCAACAAGACUAAAGUUUUGGAAUCGGAAAUAUCAAAAGUGAGCGUCAGUUCAAUCAUCAACAAGAUUGAAAGCAACAAAACAGAAGAGAACACUCCUGCACGCCCAAUUCUCAAUAUCAAGAAGAAAGCACAAACUCCCAACUCUAAUUCUCAACAACAAUCAACAAGUACUACCUCUCUUUUGGAUCAAACAUCCUCAUUCUCUCCUGUUACAGUAUUGAAAAAAAGAAGACAUGCCUUCUCGGAUGCUGUUCUUAAGGCUCUUCCUUAUGAAUUAUUAUCUCAAAUAUUUGUGUGCUUCCGUAUAUUAAUUGAUGAUGCCGAAGCGAAAGGAUUUCUCUACAAGACAGAGGAAGAAUUUCAUCAAUUCCUAAAACAAUUUACAAAUUUGGACAAAUUGAAAAACACAACGUCUUCUUCCAACACGGACAAUCAUGACUACUGCGACUAUUGCCAUGCCAUGGCAGCAGAGAAAGCUCUCGUAGUCAUGAAGGAAGGGAAACUUUCCUGCCAACAACUACAAUGGAAACUCGAAAAGACCUUUUCAAUAGUGGAGCGCAUGAAAAAGAUUCACGAGCCUCAGAAGUUAGCUGCGAAUCAACGAUUGAGAACCGAGUUUUUCAACGACUGUAAAGAAUUGUGGGAGAAUCAUUUGGGACUUCAACAUACCUUCCAUGCCUAUACAUUAUUCAAGAAUAAUUGUAGUGGCGAGAUGGACUCCAAGUCUAUGAAUGGUUUUCAAAAAGAAGACAAGUAUUUGAGUGAAAUGUCUGUUCAAAUUGGAAAUGCAUUCUCGGCUUUUCCAUCCAUUAUGGAACAUGUAGUGGAUCGAUAUUUAUUGAAAAUGCCAUCGAAAAUGUUUGGAUUUGGAGGAGAUGUGGCCAAUGAUGAUGAUCAUAAUGAUGCUUCUUCACACAACAGUACUCAAUUAUUGGGAGAAGGAAUUUCUAAUUCAGAAACAACUCAAAUGCCUUCUGAAAUCAUCAUUUUACUGAACUCGAUGGUGAGUACUGGAUCUCCAGUAGAAAACAAUGCUCAAUCCAGUACUACCACCGAAUAUAAUUUCAAAUUCAACUUGCCUCCACUUUCAGAGAUACAAUCUUCAACGGCCUCAAAUUCGUCUUCCACUACUGCCUCAGAUCCUAUCAAUAGUCAAGAAUUGGGUAACCACACAAUUUUGAUCACUCAAGAGGCUCCAACUUUUUCCCAACAACCACACGAAAACCGACCAGGAGAACACAAGAAAUCAUGUGCAACAGUGUUAUCAUCGUCAUUUACAACCACACAAUCCCACACAGAUUAUUCCAAAUCUGACUCCACACUGUUAUAUUCUGUAAAUUCACAUAUUUAUAAGGCAUUGGCCGGAAAUCAUAGAGGCUCUGCAACUCAAGAAGUUGUAGCAGCAGUAAGACCUCUCGUUCUUGACAAGAUUCAAGAACAAAAACCAGUGGUAGAAGAAAAGAAAGAACCACUCUCAAGCCCACGUCGAUUACUUAGCUUUUUAAAGUCACACAUUACGAAUUCUAACAACACUCCAACAAUUGAAGCUCAUGAACCUCCUCCAAAGACAGUUAAAAAACCUACUCCUCCCAAACAGAAAAACACGAUAUUUAGCAUUGUUACAAUGGGAGGUAUUAAUCCCAAAAUCACCUUCUCUAAAAAAGAGUGGAUUGUGUGCUGCUACACAUCAAAUGCAAUGGUCUAUGUCGUGAAUUUAUGUGACUUUUUCAAAACUAUUCAGGUCAAAGAUUCUUUCAGUGGUUCAAUGAUUGAGAAAAAUCGUCUCGAAUACUCACUAGAGAAGUUUGAACAAUGUGUGAAUGGAAAGUACUUUUCAGACAUACCCAUCUUGUUGGUAUUUACAUUUGUGGACGUUUUUAAGGAAGCCUUAAAACAAUUCCCACUCACUCCAACUCGAAAGAAUUCACUUGUACAUUGUGUUCAACAACUCAAUCCAGCAGCUGAAGGACAAAAACAGACAGAGCCAAAAAUUCCAUCCAUUCAACACAAAUUUGGUGAUUCCAAGCUUGAAGAGUGGCACUCGUGUUGUGAAUUUAUCAUUGAACAAUUCAUUCAUGUUGCCACCUCUCAAGAACGAAGAGAAGAAAUGCGAAGAAAUGUUGUCGUUUUGAAUUGCAUUGACGUGAAGAAGAGCACACAAGUAUUAGUGAAUGACAUUAUUCUCAAUGCUGAUAUCAUGACUCAUUUACAAUUCAAUGAGCAAUAUUAUGGAUCAUCACCGUCGUCAACAGCAGCAACCUCGUCUUCCACUCACGGACGUACUCCAAGCAUUCAUGAAAAGUUCAAAUCUUCUCGAUCUGGCAGAGAUGGUGGACCCAUGAGCGAUCGGUCUCAUUAUCGAAGACCACCACUCCUGAAUGAUACAACUGCAGAUUAUUCUCAAUAUUACUAUCGAAGAUGUAAAAACGUUCCUCUCUCUGUGGUUUCUACAAAUUCCAAUAAUAGUGGCAACAACUCGAAUGAGUUAACUAGUUCCAAAAUUACAAAACAGAGAAAACGAAAAGAGAAGCAAGCAAAGGCCUCUCUUGUUGAGAAGAGUGCUCAUCGUUUGAGUUGGACCACGUGGGGAUCUUGGAGACAACCACCUCAAGAACGUGUCAUGAUUGUGGUUGAUGAAGUUGGCCAACAAUGGACAGAUGAAGAGCAAGUGUCUGAAAGCGUGGACACAACAACCUCAGCACGCAGAAAGAGAAAAAAUAGUAAUAGUAAUUGUUUGUUGCAAUAA